CUAAAUUAAAACACAUCUUCACUCUCUUACACAUUUUAUGUACUUGCAUGGUAUGUGAGAUAAAAGAUGUUGAUGUUUUCAUCAUGUCAGGACUGACAGGGUUUCAAGAGAGAGGGAGUGAGAGAGGAGAAAGAGAGGAAUGGCAGAAAUAGGAAGCAGGAACAUCCCACUGUGCUGAAAUUCUGUAAUGAUUUUAUUGCUGUUCUGAAAACAGAAAGCAGUUGAAUGUAAAAUGUGCCACUUGCUUGGUGAUUUGAAAAGGUCAGAGAUGUUGGUUGGCUGCAUGGUGAGCAGACUAUCUAAAGCCCUAUUCGCACAGGAUUAGUAUUAUCUGGGGACCUCUGGUCAUUUGUAAUAAUUGCAGAGAUUGUCUGUGAUCAUGUGGCGCAUUCGCACUGGAUAAGUGAACUCUGUGAUUUUACUCGAAUUUACUGACUUAUCUCCCUGAAAUGACGUGAAGGCGCUUCCCUCUUUCUAAACAUGGCGGCGGCGAGUGUUAGGAGGAAAAACCGGCAUUGGACACGGCAGGAAACACUUUGUUUAAUUAAUGUUUGGGGUGAACAACGUUAUCAAAGGCAGUUUGAACAAAUGGUGCACAACCACGGCGUUUGGGAAAAUAUUUACAAUGACCUUGUACUCCGGUGCCCGUCUGUACAAGACUUUGGAGAUUGGACCAAAUGUAAGGAAAGGUUGGACUACCUGCGAAGAAAGUACCGUGAUAGCCUCAAAAACAACAAGAAGACCGGAUCAAGCCCCACUACAUGUCCUAAUUUCGACGAACUGGAUGCGGUUCUAGGUUGCCGACCUAUGAACAAUCCCGGAGACAUGAGGAUGGAUAACGGGGGAAGUUCAGAUGAGGAAUCUGCCUGUGGUCCAUCUGAGAGCCCUCAGGAAAACGACACCUCAACGGAAAACAAUGCCGAGGAUGAGGCAUCCAGUCAUGGCACAUCCUCCAAAACAUCACCAUCACCACCUCCCCCUGCUGAACCCAAUCCACAAGUACAUCGCCGAAGGAAGGGGAGGAAAAACCCAGAUAAUGGAGGCAAUCGACAAGGGUCUGGACCGUCUCCUGCAAAAUGAAAAUAACCAUGAUUACGACAGUUUGAAUGGGAGAAAGAAAUGGAGAGAAACAGAAUGGCGCUGGAAAGAAAACGGCUUAAUUUUGAAAUAAAGAAGAUGGAAGCUGAUGAAAAGAGAGCAGAAGAGAACAGGGCGUUAAUGCUCCAGAUGUUUCAGUGCUUUAGGCCCCAGUACCACCAUUCGCGUUUUUCGGCCCCACAUUACUACCCUUAUACACCACCUCCCCAACACUCAUCAGCUGAGGAUCUGUCUACAACCCCUGGACCCCCUGCCCCAGCAGCAUAUGAGGUGCACUACUACACUGACCCACAUAAGUAGCUUUUUGUGACUUACCGUCUUGCAGGAAAGUAUCACUUGUUCUUAGAUAGAGUGUUCUGGUAGUUUACCAUUUAUUUUAUUUGUGUUUUG